AUGUUCAAAGUGCGUUGGAAUCGCAAGAAAUCUGACCAAAAGACACCGAGCUCACCAAUAACACCAUUACAUCCCCUUAAUGAUAAUUUAGAGUCACCUGCUCGCCAGAGCCUCUCUGAUGGUGGUCUCCAACCAGUACCGCUUAAUCAUCCAUCACCGAAUUUCGUCAGUCCAAUUAGUCCAUCUGCGAAUGCGAUAUUAGCUGAUCAAGAGGAUAAAUAUGACAAUUGCCCUGUUUGCUUGGAGCCGCUUUCAUUCUCGUUUAGACUUCCUGGCGAGAAACCGCACAUUGUACCACUCUGUGGACACGCUUUACACGAUCAGUGCUUCACCCAGGUCUAUGGUCCUCUUCCUUCUGCUAAAAUGCCUUCCAAGAGUCUGGGUGUGUGUGGAAUCUGCAGGAAGCCCAUGAAACUAUCUGAUGACGCUGAUGUACAAUCCAAUAAGAAAACGUCAAAAAUCAAUAAACUCGAUAAACUCGCUGGGAUCGCUUCUCCGCCGCUUGGACGCGAUUUACAAACAUCGCAUUCCUCAAAUAGCUUAAAUAAUCAAUACGCGUCUUACACCUCUCAAGCCUCUUACGCGUCUUAUCAAAAGAAUAGCGCUGGUAGCGGUGGUAACUUUCAGUCUUCUCCAUCAGAUUCCCCUUCAGAUCCACUAGAUAGCUCCGCUGAUGACGCUAUACCAGCAGCAACUACAAACAGCUCAAACACUUCAAUAUCAAAUAACUCAAAGUCGUCUUACAACGAACUAGUCUCACCUAAUAUAUCUAUAAGGACGGAAUUUAACGCUGCUAUCCGACCACAUAUAGAUCAAAAAUCCGCCAUUACCGCUAUCGUUACAGUCGGUAUUCCUUCAAGGCACUCUGACUCUGACCACGUUAAGAAUUCGAAUCACCCUUCCUUAGUUAGAUACCAAGAGCGUCAUCAUGCCUUAUACGAUAAUGAGACAUUUGCACCUUUAAACAGAUCUGAAAGUAGAACUUCGGGGGACAACACUUCUAUUAGCUCAUCUUCAAACUUUUCUACACAGGCGCAACCCGCUCAACCCACUCAACCCCAACAGACUAAUUCAAAACCACUGAAGUCUGUUGCUUCAGAUUUAUAUGCUAGGAUACUCGAUUGGAAGGGCAACAACCCCCACAGCUUCGGAUCACUCUUGUUGUACUCACUUUGUCUGACUAUACGGAGGUCGACGCAAUCACAGACUGCGCAAGUUUUCUUGUUUGAAAACGCCCUGAUUUGUGUCUCAGAGGACAGAAAAAGCGCACCCUUGAAAGAUGGCAACAAGUCACUCAAAUUAAAAGGAAAAAUUUAUAUAUCGAAUAUAAGAAGAGUUGUCUCAAUUGGUGAUACAGGUCUCGUUUUGGAAACAGAAGCUGAAGAUUUUCGUGACUUGACACUCAUGUUCAUUAUGCGUGAUGAGCGUGAACAGUGGAAAUCUCAGUUCGAUAAAUUGAUCUUUUCAUCUGUCAACGUCCACCAUCAAUCGCAACCAGAACAGCAACCAGAUUCACCUCAAAUGUCUUUGCGUGAUAGGGUUGAAAACGAUCGAUCCGGUCGGCUUCUGUCACCGCAGACUGGCCCAAACCGUCAAUCAAUACAAUCACCACACCAAACCAGUAUGACUUCACCAUCUUCAUUCGGAGGUGUACCAAUAUCCCCAAUGUCACUUCCUCACUCACCAAGGUCCACUCAGGCUAGCUCGAUUGCGACAUCAGGUGUAUCUUCUAAUCCAUCAGACGUCUCGACAUCAGCAUUUGGAAUGUCCUAUGCGGCACCUGGCGAUAACAAGGGUAGAGACUCGUUCAGAUCAUCGUUUCAGUUUACCGGCAAUCCUCCAAUUUUCAAUGAGCAGAAUUUAGCACCGCUCUCGCCACACGACGGUACGCUGUAUCCCCAUGCGCCAGCUGACAUUGUGCUCAUUUUGCCACUCCCUACAUCUCAACAUGGCAGCCCAACACUCAAACUCAGGUUCUUAAAAUCAUCGUUGGAGUUUGUGAUUAACAAGCUUGGUCAUCGAGACAGAAUUUGCGUUGUUACAUUCAAGUCCAUUCAGGGCGGAGCGUUGCGCAGAACGCCAUUCAUAUCACCAUCCUCCGUCAGCGGUAAGCAGAAGCUAAGUAGAUUUUUGGAGACAUUCGGGAGCAACUGGGAGGAUUCAGUGUAUGGGAUAGACGGCGCAGUCGACCCAUUCAAAGUCGGUACCAAAGAUGACGAGAAAACAGAUGUCGUGACGGCAAUGAACGCAGCCCUGGAUGGAGUGUUGCAGAGAACAGCAAAAAAUUCAGUCACAGGAAUAUUUCUCGUCAGCGAUAAUCAAGAUCCAACGAGACGUGCGCAGAUGGAAUUGGUGUUGGCGCGCGCUGAAGCAGCCUCCGUACCAAUACACACACUAGGUUGGAGUAGAGUGCACGAUCCCUCUUCACUCUGGCUUCUCUCCUCACAUACUGGUGGCACCUACACUUUCGUGAAGGAGUGGAACCAAUUGAGGGACUGCAUAGCUGGUGCUGUUGGUGGACUGUUCAGCGUUGCAGCCACAAACAUGAAGCUGCACAUAAAUGUCCUCGACUGGCCAAUGAUACGAGUGAGAAAGGUGUCACCAUCUACAUCAACCAUAGUUUCCAACGAGGGUAAUGAAGUACAUGUAGAGCUGGGUGAAAUUCAUUACGGUGAACAGAGAGAGUUGCUCGUCGAGAUGGAUCUCAUCCACCCAAUUAAAGCUACCAUUGGCAGUUCGGGCCAAAAUACCAAACGGUUGUCGAGAUACUCGGCGCAAGCCAACGUCAACUCAAAUAUUCAAGAUGGAUUGUCUGGUUUGAGUGUGGGUGAAACUAUGUCAGACGCAUACGAUGAUAUGAUUGAUGAGGCAGCUCUUUUUGAAGUUGAUGCGUCAUAUCACGAUCCAAAUGUCGGUAGAUCGGUCUCGCGUUUAGUGCAGCCAGUGCUGUUGACUAUGACAAUCUACCCUAAUAUCCAACCAGACGCUCAUACAACAAUCGGCUCAUCCCCAACCCUCAUCUCCCAGCGUCUCAAUGCAAUACUCGGCAGUCCAGAUGCUAAGGUGAUAAGACGCAGGAUGGAGUUGCUUUCAUCGGAUAUGAUAACACGCGCACUAAUACUGAUUUCGCGUAAAAAUAACGUUCAAGCACAAAGAUUACUCACUGAGACGGUACGUUUGGUGAGAAUGGCUAUAAGCAAUCUAGUCAACUCCACGUCCUUCUCUCCGACUGUUAAUUCACCAUCAAUGUCCAUCACACCUAACAGAUUCAAAAAGGAUCAUGGCAUACUUAAUACUGCCGAUAUACUCGAGGCUAUUUUGUUUGAACUCGAGAGUUUACUUGAAGGAUUGGAAGAGCACAAGGAAAAUUUUGACCGCGAGCAGCGUAAUCUUGGUGCUCAGCAAGCUAUGAUACUUAGAGAUCAAAAGAGCUGGACUGGAAGAAGUCCAAUCGAGAGGUUGUUCUGGAAUUUUGAUAAUUCGAGAGCCUUGCUUGUCAAAUCACUUGACUGGAAUAAAUAG